AUGUUAAGAUCAACUUUAAGCAGCUGGAGGGAAUAUCUAACUCCCAUAUCUAAUAAGUCUACGUUUCUAUCUACAGGGCAAAUAACACCCGAUGAAUUUGUUCAAGCUGGAGAUUACUUAGUACAUAUGUUUCCUACGUGGUCAUGGAAUGGCUCGAUGGCUCGUAGUGAUAUAUCGAUUAGAGACUUUCUUCCGGAGGAUAAACAAUUUCUAGUGAGUAGGAAAGUCCCAUCUACAAUGAGGGCUCAGGAUUUAUUUAACAUAGAUUACAAUGAUGAACUAGACGAUGACGAGGAAGUCGAUGUUGAACCAAAUAAUAUUGAUACCAAGGAAUCAAAGGAAAAACAGAUGGUUUCUUCUAAUACAGAUUCCACAUCAAAACAGGUCGAGGAUAUCGAUGAUAUGUUAAAAAAUAUGGAACUUGAUGAAACGGAAGAUGGCGACGAUGAAAUAAUAAUGAAAACUGAAGAUAACUCCAAAGAUCAGAAAAGAUACUAUGAUCUUUAUAUUACUUAUUCAACGUCGUAUAGAGUUCCUAAAAUGUACAUUGUAGGAUUUAACUCUCAAGGUACACCUCUAACCCCUGAUGAAAUGUUUGAGGAUAUAUCAGUGGACUAUAGACAGAAAACUGCCACCAUUGAAAAGUUACCUUUCUUUAAAGAUACGGUUUUGUCGGUAUCAAUCCAUCCUUGUAAGCAUGCCAACGUAAUGAAAAUUUUAUUGGAGAAGAUCAGGAAAGUAAAUGAGAGAAAGAGGUUAGAAAAUAAGACAGAUAACUCAGAGGCCAAGCCAAAAGAAUAUGAGGAUGAUUGGGAAGACCUUCAAGAUGAUAUUAAUGAUACUCUGAGAGUAGAUCAAUACUUGAUUGUAUUCUUAAAAUUUAUUACAAGUGUCACACCAAGUAUACAACAUGAUUACACCAUGGAUGGUUGGUAG